UCAGGACUGAAGCGGUGCUUUUCCCUUCUUUCCUUUUGAGUUGUGAAGUUUCCGAUGUUUAUUUCCUUAUCUCUCCUUUCGUCAUUAUAUAAUUUUGGGCUUGAUUGAGUUUUGAUGCAGUAUAUUAUAUAUAUAUAUAUGUAUGAUUUGCAGAACGAUAAUACAUAUUAUCCUUCUGAAAUUUGGGAUUCGGAUAUAGAGAAUGAAGGUGUUUGAUGCUCACUGUCACUUGCAAGACCCCAGAAUAUUGAGCAAGCUUCCUCAGUUAAUAGCCAAAGCCCAUGAAGUUGGAGUUGAUGCUUUUGCUGUUAAUGGGGUCUCUGAGAAUGAUUGGCCUUUGGUUAAACAACUUUCUCAAUCUUACCCUUCUAUUAUUCCUUCCUUUGGUGUCCAUCCCUGGUUUGUUAAAGAAAGGACUCCCAAUUGGUUUGACACAUUGAAACAAAUGUUUGAUUCCACUCCUGAUGCUGCUGUUGGGGAGAUUGGAUUGGACAAAGGUUCAAAAGGAAAGCUAAUUGAUUUUGUCGAUCAGGUUCAAGUAUUUGAGCAGCAGCUUCAACUUGCCAAAGACUUGAAUAGGCCUGCUUCAGUCCAUUGUGUCAGGGCUUUUGGUGACCUUCUUCCGAUAAUGCAGCGUAUGGGCCCUUUCCCUGCUGGUGUUAUUCUUCAUUCCUACUUAGGUUCAGCUGAGAUGGUCCCGGAAUUCGCCAAGCUCGGUGCUUAUUUUUCAUUCUCUGGAUUUCUUAUGUCUUUGCAAGAGAAAAAGGCAAAGAAGAUGCUCAAGAAGGUGCCUUAUGAGAGGAUUUUGCUGGAGACUGAUGCACCCGAUGCACUUCCGAAACCUAUCCCUGCCUCAGAACCAUUGUAUCUUGUUGAAGGAGAAUCUUCUUCCAUUUCCAGUGCUACUGCUGAAACAGAUGUAUCAACACUUAAUCACCCUGCAAACAUACUCCAUGUGCUUACUUACGUUGCAUCUUUGAUAGAGAUGAGCAGAGAGGAAGUUGCUGAAGUAAGCUAUCAAAAUGCCAUACGUUUAUUCUCCUACAGAGACCAUUUUACUACUGCCUCUCCUUCUCCCCAUAAUCAAUAAUUAUGAUCAUGUCCCUUUUUAACUUAAUUCCAUUUCACCAUUUUCUUAAUUAUUACUAAUUUCAUGCCAAAAUUGGGUUGGGCAUUGCUAUGUUACUAUAAAGAUAUGUGUAUUAUUUACUAUAAAGAUAUGCCCCGUAAAAAAUGAAUAAAAUAAAGCCCCUUAGUUAUGUGUGGGAUAUUUUUUUACAAA